AUGGAUGAGAAGUGGAAGUUAUCAAAGAAAGAAGGUUCAUCUUCUUUCACAAGAAGUUUCUCGACUAAGAGUUCAUCUUCCAAGGCUCCUCUCUUGAGGACCUCGUCCCUUAAGAGCUCUUCUCCAAAGUGCCCUCUUCCAAGGAGUUUCUCUCAAAAAAACUCUUCUAUUUCACAUAAAUGUAGUAGCUUAGCCAAGGAACAGAAGGCAAGGUUUUAUAUCAUGAGGCGCUGUGUUGCCAUGCUUGUUUGUUGGCACAAACAUGGUGAUUCUUGAAGGAACAUGCAAAGAGAUCGAGUAAGGGAUCAAGUGUACCUUCUUGGUUGUUUCUUCUUGCUUUUUUUUCUCCUCCCCUCCCCUUUCUUAAAGAUGGAUGCUGGGUUUGAUUGAACUCGUAAAUUUUCUGCCAUCUGACCAAGAAGAGAUUGGUAUCAUAGAGUUUUAUUGUCUUUCCUCCAUUUUUAGAAUCAGCUCUGUAAUUACAAUUUGAAGAGAGCUAGAAUCAUGUACUUUGUAACAAGAGAUCAUCACAUAUCAAUUAUAAUCCAAUAAAAUCUCAAAUUAACUAGCUACAUUUACUUU